AUACACCAAACGCACCAACAUUAACCUUACAUGUUCACUGACUUCUAACCAAAAUCUUCAUACAUAAGUACAUAAGUAAUGUUAACCCAAAUACCUACACAACAAACGGUAAGAGACGAAAUUGAGAAUAUUGCGAUUAGCUCGGUAAAUAAAUCUACAAUCCGGAAUCCACAUGGAUCUAAAACCAGGAAAGAAAUGGGGAAGUCCAAAGUGCUCAAAAACCUUUGAAACCUAUAACGGAUUAACGAGACACAGCGUCUGUCACGAUUCCGAUGCGAAAGUCAAAUGCGAGAUUUGUAGCGUAAUUUGCAAAAACAGACCCACCUUAUCUUCCCACAAAUGGAGAUUCCACAGCAAUCGAAAACGACCAAGUUGUCACAUUUGUCACGGCGUGUUUUCGAGUUCGAUCAGCUUACGGAAUCACAUUGAAAUCAUGCACAGCAAGAAAGAACGGCCCCGUUUACCAUGUACGUUCCCUGGCUGUGGAAAAACCUAUCUAACCAAGGGAAAUGUUGUUAGGCACGUACAAAUUGAACAUACCCAAAACUCGGUCAGAUUUCCGUGCACACUAUGCGGAAAGGAAUUCAAAAGGAGGAAUGAGCUUGAGCAACACAUUCCCACCCACACGACGGAGAAGCCGCACAAAUGUGCCACUUGUGGGAGGAGUUUCGCCCACAAGGGGACCUUGACAAGUCACGAGAUGACGCAUUUGGAAAAAUCUACCCGACCCGUGUUACAGUGUCACGUGUGUCCGCAGACCUUCUUAAGUAGAUCUGCUCUACAAUCGCACAUCCGAGUAGAGCAUGAAAAUCAGAGGAAUUAUCCGUGCGCAUUGUGCAACAAGAGAUACUCCAAGCCUUCUUACUUGAAGCGUCACGUGGUGGCGAGACAUGCUGCGAAUAAAGAGUUGAUCCAUUCCUGCGACAAAUGCGAGUACAGAACCCACGCAAAAGCCAAUUUGGCAUAUCAUAGAUUGCAUCACAAUGCAGCGAGAUAUGGAUGUUACUUCUGUGGGAAGAAAUUCUUCACUUCUAACCAAUUAGUCCCACAUUGUCGAGUGCAUACGCUAGAAAAGUAAAAAUACUUAUGUAUUAACACAUGAUGGACAUAUGUAUCAACUAGAAAAUAAGCCCGUCUUCGCCGGGCCAUUAAAAACAUACUAUCAGUGCGAAUGAUUGUUUGUGAUGGCAGAAAAAGUAAAUACAGAUAACUUAUUUAGUAUAUAGGUGCCAUGCAUAAUACCGAAGUUGAGUCGCAUAAUACUCAGUUGAGAAUCAUUUUAAAGGUUCACUUGAUAAAAUUAUUGAUUUGGCGUCAAUUAAAGACGGUAAUAGUAAUGGCUUAGAUAGGGUGUAAACUGUUGAAACAUGCCGUACGUUCCCCCAGACUCCGUUUAUCUGUUGAAAGUGUUCUAAAUUUUUCCAAGGUUAAAUAAAAUAAUUCCCUUAAUUAUUUCAAAAAA